AUGGAUGUUAAAUUGAACGUCUGUCUUCUGCUGCUGUUGGUGGGAGCUUUGUGUGUGCAGGGAUUGAGGCUGCGCCAAGAGUCUAAAAAUGAGCCCAGCUUCAUAAAGCGUAAGUUUCCAUGCCAUUCCCAACUUCCCAUUUGUUUUCCUAAUUGCUCAUUCCGGAUUGUAACUUAGCAAAUGCAUUUCAUCUUACUGUCAAAUAGAAUUACCCAGCAUUUGUGACAUUGACGGCAUCUGUAUAUCAAUCACUAUUAAUUGUUCCGAUUUGGUGCCUCCGAGGGUAUAUUGUCCGGAGUACGAUCCCGACUGCCUUCUUGGAACGCAGUGCUGUUGG